AUGAGUAUUGACUUUCCUGCAGAGGAAGAGAGAAUUUUACAGCAAUGGAAAAAUAUAAAGGCUUUUGAAAGACAAGUAGAGCUCUCCAGGGACAGGCCAGCAUAUACUUUUUAUGAUGGCCCUCCAUUUGCUACUGGACUGCCUCAUUAUGGACACCUUUUGGCAUCUACAAUAAAAGACAUCAUUCCUCGCUAUUGGUCUAUGAAGGGAUACUAUGUCGAGCGAAGAUUUGGUUGGGAUACUCAUGGACUACCAAUUGAGCACGAGAUCGAUAAGAAACUAGGUAUAUAUGGAAAAGAUGCAGUCAUGAAGCUUGGGCUUGCAAAAUAUAACGAGGAAUGUAGAGCAAUUGUAAUGCGAUAUUCUUCAGAGUGGAGGAUUACGAUCGAUAGACUCGGAAGAUGGAUAGACUUUGACAAUGAUUAUAAGACAAUGGAUCUCACAUUUAUGGAAUCUGAAUGGUGGAUAUUCAAGCAAAUUUUUGAUAAAGGUGCUGUGUAUCAGGGACAUCGUGUGAUGCCAUAUUCCACUGUUCUAACCACUGCGCUCAGCAACUUCGAAGCCAAUCAAAAUUACCAAGAUAUUACUGAUCCCGCAGUAGUAGUAUCAUUUCCUCUAGUAGGGGAUCCCAAUACUUGCCUUCUAGCAUGGACAACAACCCCAUGGACAUUACCAUCAAAUGUCGCGUUGGCUGCACACCCCGACUUCGAGUAUGUCAAGAUUUUCGAUGAAAUUAGUGGAAAGAAUUAUAUUCUAUUAGAAAAAUUAAUGGGAACACUCUAUAAAGAUCCUAAGAAGGCUAAGUUUAGAGUUAUAGAAAAAAUAAUGGGGAAUAAAAUGGUCGGUUGGAAGUACGAGCCUCUUUUUGACUAUUUUUACGAGGAUUUCAAGGACUGUGGCUUCAUGGUUGUCAAUGCCUCCUACGUUACCGAUGACAGUGGCGUUGGUAUUGUUCAUCAAGCACCUGCUUUUGGUGAAGAAGAUUACAACGUUGCGCUAAAAAACAACAUCAUUACUGAACACCGAGCUCCCCCUAACCCCAUUGACGAAAGUGGAAAUUUCACGUCAAGGGUUCAUCACUUUACAGGUCAGCAUGUCAAAGCUGCUGACAAAGCCAUCAUAAAAUAUCUCAAAGGAACAGGUCGAAUGAUAGUAGAUUCUCAAAUACGACACAGUUAUCCAAUGUGUCCGCGGUCUGAUACGCCUCUUAUUUAUCGGGCAGUACCAUCUUGGUUUAUUCGAAUCCCCGAAAUCAUCCCUCAAAUGCUGAAGAACAUUGAAAGUUCUCACUGGGUGCCAACAUUUGUUAAGGAAAAACGGUUUUCAAGCUGGAUUACUAAUGCCAGAGACUGGAAUGUCUCUCGAAAUCGAUAUUGGGGAACACCUAUUCCUCUGUGGGUUAGUGAUGACCUGGAGGAAAAGGUUUGCAUCGGUAGCGUUCAAGAACUCAAGGAGUUAAGUGGCUGCGUGGAGGAUUUAACCGAUCUUCAUCGUGACAAAAUCGAUCAUAUUACUAUUCCCAGUAAAAUGGGGAAAGGGAAUCUUAGACGUAUAGAAGAAGUAUUCGACUGUUGGUUUGAAUCGGGAAGCAUGCCAUAUGCUAGUCAACAUUAUCCUUUUGAAAAUAAGGAUAACUUUGAAAGAACUUUUCCUGGUGAUUUUAUUGCCGAAGGCCUAGACCAGACCAGAGGUUGGUUCUACACCCUUCUUGUUUUAGGCACUCAUUUGUUUGGCGUUUCGCCCUUCAAAAACUGUGUAGUAAAUGGCAUUGUUCUCGCCGAAGAUGGUAAAAAGAUGUCGAAACGUCUGAAAAACUAUCCCGACCCGUCAAUUAUUAUGAAUAAGUACGGCUCUGAUGCUCUUCGACUCUACUUAAUUAAUUCACCGGCUGUCAAAGCAGAGCCACUACGAUUCAAGGAAUCGGGUGUGAAGGAUGUUGUUGCUAAAGUACUCUUACCCUUAUGGAACAGCUUCAAAUUUUUUGAAGGCCAAGUCUUACUUCUCAAGAAGAGCGAAGAUAUUGAUUAUGUAUUUGAUCCAUCUGCAGAAAUUAAUAAUUCAAACGUCAUGGAUCGAUGGAUCCUAGCGAGUUGUCAGAGUCUUCUUCAAUUCGUUGAUGAGGAGAUGGCUGCAUAUCGGUUGUAUACCGUCGUACCUCGGCUCCUUGAGCUCAUUGAUAAUACUACAAAUUGGUAUAUCAGGUUUAACCGAAAACGCCUCAAGGGAGAUUUAGGACUCGAAGAUACUCAGCAUGCCCUUAAUACACUUUUUGAAGUCCUAUUCACACUUGUGAAAGGUCUCGCACCUUUCACACCUUUUAUAACCGACAAUAUAUAUCAGCGCUUACUGCCACACAUUCCACAGCAUUUGAAAGGCGUAGACCCGCGCAGUGUGCAUUUUCUAGAGUUUCCCACAGUAAGAAAGGAGUUGUUUGAUCCUCAAAUUGAGCGACGUGUUAGCCGCAUGCAACGUGUCAUAGAACUGAGCAGGGUCUCUAGAGAAAGACGGACAGUUGGGCUCAAAAUUCCCCUAAAAACCCUGAUCGUUAUUCAUCAUGAUUUGACUUACUUACAGGACAUUCAAUCAUUGGAAAGUUAUAUUAAGGAAGAACUUAAUAUUAGAGAUUUAGUUCUAUCAUCCGAUGAGCAAAAUUACAGCGUACAAUAUAGUGUAACAGCAGAUUGGCCUAUUCUUGGGAAAAAACUGAAAAAGGAUGUACAAAAGGUUAAGAAAGCUUUGCCAGACUUAUCUAGCGAGGAAGUGCAUCAAUUUGUCUUGCAGAAAUCAAUUGUUGUUGGCGGUAUUAAGCUAGAAGAAGGUGAUUUGGUUGUUAAAAGGGGUCUUAAAGAUGAUGAAUCAUCCAAAAACCUCGAGACAAAUACAGAUGAUGAUGUGCUCAUCAUUCUAGAUGCUGAGCUUUACCCUGAAUUGGCAGACGAGGGCUUGGCAAGAGAGGUAAUAAAUCGCGUCCAGCGGCUCCGCAAAAAAGCUGGACUCCAGCCUACAGACGAUAUAAAGAUGGAGUACAAAAUUCUACAGGAUCCAGAUCAGCUUGGUUUAGCAAGAACAUUCACAGAGCAAUCAAAGUUGAUUGAGAAGGCUUUGCGACGACCGGUAACUCAGUAUGAUGCUUCAAAAGAAAUAGACGAUCUCAUAAUUCUGGAAGAGGAACAGGACAUUCAAAAUGCUAGGUUUAUGUUGAGAUUUCUCCAGAUAUGA